AUUGGAAACACAGUUAAAAUUAAAAGAGAAGUCUAUUAGACGAUUUAGGAAAUACUGCUGUUUGGUAUAAAAAUGUUGAUGUUUUAAAUGCACAUGUUGGCGAAUGGCUGAGCGAAUAUUUUAUUUAAGAGAUUCCCCUACAAUCCGCUUAUCACCUACAACCCGCUAAUGUAUGCAUUUAUAUAUAUUAUACGUUCUUCUGCCACAUCACUUACUUUAUAUUUUUGGUAUUUAAUUCAAAUAAGGAGUGGUCUGCGAAUUUAAAGAUUUAUAUUGAUUUGCACAAAAAUCGUGACCUCAAUAAAGAUGUUAUAUAUAUUCCCCCAAAUUUGCAAAGUAUGUUACGCAAACUCAAACAUGAUCUUUUAUAUGUAGCCGUUUAAUCCACCACAUAUGAAAAUUUAAUUCUUUUUUUUCUAGUUCAGAUUAAACAAAUAUUACCAUUUAAAACAAAAACAAUACAAAUCCUAAACACAAAAAGGAAAGGUACCUCGUGGUGAUAAGAACAAAAUACGCCACUCCGCGCUCAUUACAGUUUGUUCAGGAUCAAAAACAGAGUUUGUACUUAUAAAUAAACCUGAUAUCGUUUUUCCAUUACGCUGAUUUAAAUAUAAUAACUAAAUAAAUAGGCUUACAAAAUAAAAUAAACAUUAAUGGGUUUUCAAUCAACCUGCAAUUAUAAAAGCUAAUAGACGGAAAGAAAUUAGUUACAUUACAUUAUGUUUAGUUUUGAUAUUUAACAUAUAUAUGAAACUAUCAAGCCACUAAAAUUAAAAUAGGGCAGUAUUUUUUUUUCAUGUACGUAUGUAUUAUGUUUUAUAUGAAUUGUUGCUGGCUGGUUUUUUGUUCAAAAAAGAACACGAGCCUUUUGUAAAAAAUAAAACCAUCUAGAGCAAACCGCGAAAAGCUAUUGCGGCGCGCUCUGUAGUCGUACCUACAGGAAUUUUUGUGAUGUUUAGACCUUUGUGGUUUUAGUUCCAUAUGGUCGCUCCCAAUCCACCAGACUUUAAAACAGGAUAAUUUUAGAUUUAGGUAACUAAAUUUCCCCAUGUUACCCGUACGAGAAAAGCUUAAAUAGAAACAUGAUGUAAUAUUUACUCUAAAACACACAACAGGAGAAGGCAGAACCUACAUCUUUUCACUUACUGCAAUCUCUGCAUACUUCUUUCGCUUUAUUCAUAACUCUUUUCAUGCAAUCUCGAUGGUUUCGGAUAGCUUCUGUUAGCUUAACUAUCCGCCGUUUUUUUAAAGAAGACAAACAAUUCUAAUAUGACACUAAUCUAGAGCUUUCUUUGUACUUGCCGUGCUUUGUAAAUAGACCUUCAAAGAUUUAACACGGUAAAUAAGAACAAACACGAAACCGACUUGUUACGACAAAAGAAAAUUAAAAUGAAUGAGGAAGCGUUAUACCUACUUAGAGCCAUAAAAGACGUUUGAGCGGCUUCCCAUCUGACCCCAACUUGACUUUUUGUAUACGAAAAUUAAAACAUUUAGUAGCUUUAGAAAAAAAAUAUUGUUAUACGACCUCAUUGAUUUUGAUGAAUUAUAUCAAACUUAUCUAUUUAUAUAUUUACGUACAUCAAGGAAAAAAUAAAAAGAACUUUAACUUAAGAAAAAUUCAGUACAAGGGCACUACUUAUUUCUAAAGAAAAUUCUUCCAGUAGGCCCGACUAGCAUUUGCCUGCGACUUCGCUUGCACAUUGUGACACACACCGAACGUUACAGUUAUAUAACAUAUUAAAGAUUCUUGGUGGUCAUGGCUAGGGCAUAAAUUAUGAAGUCUCUACCUACCUUAUCCAGGAGAGAUAGAUAUAAUGAGACAUUAAAAAUCCUAAUAAAACUCGUUCCACCAAAUCCAGUCCCAGUUGUUCUUGAAUAAAAUGAGAUUUCCUGCCGUAACUUCAAUAAUACAAUUACCUACCCGGCUUUAUUCCCAAUAGUCUACAAAACAAAACGUUAGAAUUUUGAUUGUAUUUUUUCCUUAUCUUUUUCCAGACUUAUCAUAUCAGCCAUUUUGCUAGUUCUUUUUUAUACACUUAUAAAUAUAUGAAUCACCUUAAAUCUAAUUUAAAUAACCAUGAAUCUUGUUACAAUUUACACCUACAGUACUUACUCGUGACUAGCAUUUUCCACAAAUCUUUCUAAAUAAUGAUAUUGAGAAAUAUUUGUGACGUGUGUGAACACGUCUCAUUCUCAUGUUAAUAUGUUUUAUACAUUAUCCUAUAAGGUCGUUGAUGCAAGGCCAGGCUCACGGAUUUAAUGUGAAAUUAGAUGAUUAGGGGAGUUUCAGGAAAGGGAGAGAAAUCUCGUGCCCACUUAGAGGUUUGGGUAGACAGAUUGGGUAAUUUAUUUUUGCUUUUAUAUUUUAACAUUUGCGCGCGAACUUUUCGAUAUAAUAAACUGGAGUGCGCCCGCGGCUAGGCGCGCGCAACGAGAACUUAUGUAUAGUAUGUUAAAUUUCAUGGAGAUCGAUUUAUGGGUUUUGUCGUGAAAGACACACAAAAAAACACAUAUAAUGUUUAUGGUAUAAAAGUACGCUACGAACCAACCGUACAUUUUGAUAUGACAUAAUUUCGAUGUUUAGAAAAAAAAAAAACGAUACAAAUUUUGAAUAGUGACAAACAGCAAGUCGCAAUUUAGAAGACGGUGGGAAGCAAAUGACUUAUACGUUAAUUUAUCAACAAACAAAAAUACUAAUAUCUACGAGUGAAAGCAUAAGGAAAACUCAUAAUAAAACCUGUCCGCAUGUGAUGAUCGAUUCAUCAACAUAAACUAAGAAAUAAACAAACUUGUUACAAAUAUGCCUAUGUUUAUUAUAUACAUCAAGCAUAUCGCCUUUACACAUAAAUCUAGCUAGACCGUGGAGGUGUAUGAUUUUACAUGCCCAUAUAAGUUGCAAAAUGCUUACCAAUAGACAUAUUUUGAUAUACGGUAUGGAGGGAAAACAUCGAGAGAAAACCUGCACAUUCAGGCAACUGAGUGUGCAAACAUAUGAUCUAAUACUGGUUAGGUUCCGCAGCAAAAAGGUUACGGAGGUCAAAUGGGAGUCGCUUCGUGUAAAAGCCUGACUCUCACAAUCCGGGAUCAAUGGUCAAGGGCUUAUCCCUGGCUCUUCUCCAGAGUGGUGAGGAUACAACCGGAACUAAAGCCAGUAAGAAGAAGAAGACAUAUGGUACCUUUUGUAACAGACCCAACAAACUGCAUCCACCCCACCCUGUUUUCUGCUUGUUUGAAGGUACCAGGGAGUCCAGUUAUCCCAUCCACCGUAUCGGGCUAGGUGAUCGGCCUUCAGGUUUUUUGUCUAUUUUACCCACCACUAAUAGUUUGCCAAGGGAUGUGGCCCAAGUAGGUGAGAACUUGCUGGUGGAGAAUCUGAUUUAAAUUUUUGAUUGGUCACUUAGAUGUAUCGGGCGUCAAGUAUUUUUCUGGCGGUAUCUAGCUAAUACUAUGUCUUUAACAUUGAUAAAUAUUUUAGUAUCAGUACCAAAUAAGAGUAAUUAGCCAAGCCCUGCUUUCACAGCAUGCGUAGGUGUAAACCUCAACAAUCAUCACUGUGAUUUAUUAAACAGAUAAUAGAAAUAACAGAAAACAGUGUGACCAAAUAUCUCUUAUACUAUAAUUUUCAUAGUUAUCGAUCUUUUGCUGUUGUGUCUUCACACCUACCUAAGUGACCUAAGUAAUAGAAAUAAUGUUAAAAUUCAAAUUUAUUUUUCAUAAUAUGAGUACAACCAGUUGUUAAACUUAUAUAACAGAUCAUCAUAUAAACCCUUUCGGAUAUUGCAAUCAUUAUAAAGAAGUCUAGGCAUACUACUCGUAUGAAACUAAAUUAUACCUAUAGUUAUUAUAUUAUGUUAAUAUGCAAUAAUUCCUUUUAUCUCAAAUAUACAUAUCGUCUAAUUCAAAAGGAGAUGUUUUGAACUUACUUUAAGCUAAAUCACUGAACGUAAUUAUAGGUUAUUAUUGUUCGUACCUCACGUACCUGUAUCACUAUUUCAUUUAUCAUUUAUUUUAUAGAUAGGUAAUGUUGGUGUAGUAGUUCGAAUCAUUAUUUUAGUUCUUUUUCCAAUAAGGAAUAACCGUCACCACACCCUGUACAGUUUAUUCAAAAGUUUGAUGUUUGGCAAAUAAAACCCACCCACUUAUUUAUACAACCCCCUGGCUUUCUUGGCUCGUAGCAUUUCGUGGAUGUUUAAUUAAACGUGAACAAUGUUAUGAGAACAGUUGUAGCAAUUAUUAAUAAAGAGUUUUCAUUAACUCCAUUUGGGAGGGCAGUUAAUUAGUUUAGAAAGUAAUAGUUUCUUGAAAGUUCCUUUUUCAUGAGAGUCAAGUAUUAGUUCCGUGCUCUAUCUUUGCCAAUCACAAUGCUCUACGGAGUGAAUCACGGACGCUAGUAAAAUAUUUUUGAUAGAAAAAAUAAUACAUAUGCCUUGUCAAAGUUUGUAAAUAAAUUUAGCUUUAAAACUCUGUCUCACUAUAAGAGAUGUGUGUACUUUAUAUAUGAUUUGCUUAUGCUUUAAUGUGCAGGUCAUCUCCUUACACAAUCACAAAAAAACAUCUUAAUAUUUAACUAGCUUUCGCCAGCUACUACGCCCGCCUAUUCCAUACUAUGUUGGUAUGUAAAAUUCAUGGAUAUCCAUUCAGUGGUUUCACUCUUAAGAGCUAACAAAAAAACUUACUUUCAUAUUUAUAAUAAUAGUUGGCAUACCUACGAGCUGUGGAACGGUAAGAGAACACUCGUACUAAAUGCUCUUUGUGACGCCAUGAUGAUAGUGUCACAAAUAAAUUAUAUUUAUAACACCUUAAAAAUAUUAGAUAUAUCGAUCUUUAAAAAUAUAAACGAUUUCUUACAAAAAAUUGCAUUUACCUAAUUUACUUAUCUUACCUCUUUGUACCUAUUGCAUACGUUUGUUACAUUUGAUAGUUCUGUGAAAAGCUUGCUUCCUACUAAUCCAGGCUUAAACUACAAACUCUACUUGACCGUUUUCCACAACAAGUACCGACAUUUGAAAAGUAAAUUCAUGAUAAAUUACAUUUUUAUUCCUUGAUCUUUCUUAUAUUUAUACAAUUGCUCUAAUAAGAAACUGUAUAACUGCCUCAUAGCAAUUGGAAUAAUAGAAUUCUACAUGUGUAAUGUACUUGCACUCAGAACUCCAUGAACUUAACAUUCUUGGAUGUUGUUUUCAACGAGUGAACUAUUUUAAGGUAAAAUCCGAGAAUUCGACUGGGAAUACUGCAUAAUGAGAGAAAGAGAUAAACUUAAAAAGCUUAAAAUGCUAAAUACUUGUACCCUGAGGGUAAAGAAUUAAUUUAUUUUUCUGAUUACUAAUUCUGUCUGCAUGCUUAAUAUUUGCCUUUUAUUAUUUUGCUAAAACAAGACAAGUAUUGUCAACAAGCACUGGCGGCUACUCCUACAUGUCUAUAUCUUAUUGCGAACAAUAUUUUUUUUCCUUUAUUUGUAUGUGUUGACGGCAUUAGCACAUUUAUCCUGCUUUCCCCAAGCUUUUGCAGUCCAUUUUAUUAUCUUCGGGGCCUAGGGGAUAUUGCGGUAUAUCUAUUCUUACAAUAUUUAGUUGUGAUUUAUUUGACUUUCUCCUCGGGAAUCUUUACUUGUGAUAAUAUGUUACAAAAAGUAGGAAAUAUGUUUUUAUUUACUCUUUAUGAGAAAGAGUGCUGAGUAAUUUGGUAUAAAUUACACGAUUUACAUCUAGGUGAACCAGAGGUACAACAAGUCAACUGUGGAACACCUAGGGCACCCACUUUGGUGUACGGGUCAGAAAAGGUUUUAUAUAAUGUGGCGGUAUACGAAUGUAACUUAAAAAUAAAUAUUAAUAUAAAAGUAACAUACAUACAUACCUAUUUUACUGUCAAAAAAUUCCUACGUUGGCUUUUAUCAAACUCUAGACACAUAUCUAUACUAAUAUUAUAAACUUGAUAAGUUUGUUUGUUUGUUUGUUUGAACGCGCUAAUCUCAGGAACUACUGGUUCGAAUUGAAAAAAUCUUUUUGUGUUGAAUAGACCAUUUAUCGAGGAAGGCUUUAAGCUAUAUAACAUCACGCUGCAACUAUUAGGAGCGAAGAAUAAUGGAAAAUUUGAAAAAAACGGCGGAAAUUAUCUAUCCUUGAAGGCUUCAAUGAUGCCCAAAAUAACUAUUCCACGUGGACGAAGUCGCGGGCACAGCUAGUAUAUAAAUAAUAUUUUUUAAUAACGUAAACAAGUUCAACAAUAUGUUCCCCAAGUUAAACCCAUCGAUCGUUGGGAAAAUAUUGCUAUUAAAUGCGGAAUUGCUUCAACCUUUGAAAUAUUUCGAUAUGGUUGUAAUUACCAUAACUUUCUCAAAUUUAUCUUUAUGUAGACGAUCUGCCAAUUUUAAGGCGAAAUGAACUGAAGCCAAUUGACAGUUGAUGUAAUACCAGAAAAUAUAAAUGACGGUUCGGUUAUUUUAGUGAGGUUCCCUAAGAAAAAAGUAUUAUUAACUAUGUAGGAAAAGUUAUCGGCCACUAUAGUCCGACUGAAUUUAAAGUAUCUUAUCUAAGAAAGAAGACAGGCUGUUUGUAGACGUUUGUUUUCCCUAAUGUUGACGAUAUUCAUACUGUUUAUAUAACUCAUGUUGAAAUGAUUCUUCCUGAACCUAAGCCUCCAACACUUUGUACUUCUAGAAUAUGAAAACUUUUCACCUUUUCAGUAAAUUUUUCUAAUUUUACUGUUCAAUAGUUUUUAUUAUCUUGUUAAUUAACAACUUUUUGCAGUGCUAAUCAGCACCAAAGAUUAAAAAUUUGUUUCUAAAUUUAAGAUAACUAAUUUUCGUAGAAAAUGAAAAGACGUUUUUAGUCAAACGUCCUUUCAUAUUUGCUAGUGUAACUAAAAAUGCACUACAAAAUGAGAAAUUAUCAAUUCGGGAUUUUAUGCAAUUCGACAAAGAGUCACGAAGGAAGUGGUAUUAUGUUUGCGACGGGGACAAUAAUGCAUACAAUGUGGGCAAAAACCAACUGAAGUGAACUUAAUUAUUUUGACAAAUUAUCUGAUUCCGGAUUUUUCUGUUGUCUUUUCUGAAUCUAAAAUAAAAGAUAUAGUGUCUGCAAAAAUCAAUUAUGUUUUAAUAAAUUGUUUGUAUAAAUUAGUGAUUAAUAUGCAAAAUUCAACUCGUAUUUUGGACUUGUCUACGGACCCUAAGUUGCAACUGUUGAACAGACUUAUAAAGGAGUGCUUCAAAGAGAAUGUUACUCACAACAGGCUACUAACUUCAAAACUCCCUAAGGACAUUUUAGAGGAUGUCCCGCCGUGCCCGCGGACGUUCGACGGAUUCACUUGCUGGGACGAGACGCCGGCCGCCACUACUGUGUUUCAGCCUUGCCCGGAAUUCGUCGUCGGGUUCGACCCCCGUCGAUUUGCUUAUAAAAUAUGCACCGAGAACGGAACCUGGUUCACUCACCCGGAGGCCGCCUCGCCGUGGACGAACUACACCACGUGUGUGGACAUGGAGGACUUGAAUUUCCGGAACACAGUGAACAACAUCUACAUAGCAGGAUACUCAGUUUCCGUCGCAGCCUUGUUACUCUCUAUUAUCAUAUUUGUAUACUUUAGGACACUGCAAUGUACACGCAUUCGCAUUCACAUUCAUCUGUUUACGUCGUUCGCGCUCAACAACGUCCUGUGGAUAGUCUGGUACAAAGCCGUCGUCAACAGGGUCAACGUGGUCCAGAACAAUGAGGAAUGGUGUCAAAUACUGCACAUCAUCACGAACUACUUCAUGGUGACCAGCUACAUCUGGAUGUUUUGCGAAGGGCUCCAUCUUCACAUUGCCCUCGUUGUUGUAUUCGUAAAAGACGAGGUGGCUAUGCGAUGGUUCGUCUGCCUGGGCUGGGGGCUGUCUCUCAUCAUCGUGGCAGUUUACGCGAUAGUCCGCUACAACACGCCUGGCGCCACUGAGCGGUGCUGGAUGGACCAAAGUGAUGCUUUCUGGAUCAUUACCGUGCCGGUUGUCAUUUCUCUAGUGGCCUCCUUCGUGUUUCUUAUCAACGUGGUCCGUGUUCUACUCACCAAGCUGCAUCCUGCUCCCAAUCACCACACUUCUUUAGCUGCAAGGAAAGCGACAAGAGCAGCCCUUAUUCUUAUUCCUUUGUUUGGGCUACACUUCAUAUUGAUUCCGUUGCGGCCGUCGCCGGACACACCCGGGGAAAAAACCUAUCAAGUUGUAUCAGCUCUUCUUACUAGCCUACAGGGUCUUUGUGUAGCCGUCCUUUUCUGCUUCACCAACCACGACGUGAUGAUAGCCACUAGGACGCUGCUCACCAGGAUCCUGAGAACCAAUGACGCCAUUGCUUUAACAGGAAUCACAGGAGGCGAAAGUCUAAUGAAUACAAGAGAAAACAUAGUAUAAAUAUUAUUUACCGCAAUUUGUGCUUAUUAUAAAGGCUGUUUUUUAAGCACGCUUUUUAAAUUAUACGUAUGCAUAGCAUAUUUGCAUUUUAUACUCGUAUGUAUAAAAAAUGUAUAAGCGAAGUAUUAAAAAUAUAGGUAGUAUAUCCAUUUUAAUUAAUUUAGAAUAAAUAUAGGUUUGUCAAUUAAAUCUUAAAAAUAAUGUUAAAUUUUCAUGAUUUCAACUAAUGAACGGUAGAUAACUAAAACCGCUGAAGGUAUUGUUUUAUUUUUAAAUUACCCACCGAUUGAUGAUAUUGUGUACUACUAUUUUUAUUGUUUUCCUUAGCUAAGUUUCACUGUUGCCCAGAACUUACCAAUUUAAAUACAUUAUUAGAUUUAUAAGAAUAAAUCUUAUUACAUUUUAUUGUUAAAUACGUGUUGUAUUUUAUUAGCAAAUUUUAUACGUAAUAAACAAAAAUCAAUUGUAAAUAUAAGACAAAAAUCUACAUAUUAAUACUAUAAAUAUUACAACUUACAUUAUUUGAGAAUAACUUCUAAAAAGCUCUAACAUACUUUCUUUUCAAGUCAAACCUUCUGUCAUAUGAAAUCUCUCCCUCUUUUUUAUGGCAUGCAUUAAAAGAUCACAAAUUUAUUUAUAGCAAAAUUUUAUAAUCUAACAAUGUCAUCAAUGAUAACAACUUUCCUUUUAUAUUUUAUUUAAUAAUCGACAAAUAACAAUUUUAUCUCAGAAAAUAUAAAACUACAUACUAGCGACUUAUUACUCUAGAAGAAGCACUAAUGAAAUACUGAAUUUGUACUUUUGUAAAAUAGCAUGAAUAAUGAGUCGUAGCCAAGAGAAAACGUCGUUUAUAACAAAAUUAGUCUUUGAAUUAACCAUAGACUAAUUAUUAUAAGAGUUAAUUAAUUAUCACCAGUACGGAAUAUAUCAUUAAUUUUAGAUUUACAUUUACUUAAAUCACUCUAUAGCUCUUAGAUAGCGUUGAUAAGUAAAUAGUAUUAAACAAUUCGUAAUAACUUAAUCCGUUGAUCUUGUUCUGAUGGCUAGUAAAUGAUAUUACAAAUUAGAAAAUUAUUAAUACGUGCUGGUUGUUUCUAAUACAAUUGUUGGUUUAAGUUUCCUGCUUUUCAAUUCUAAAUGGUAAAUAAAAGUUAUUUUACUUUCACAGACAGACAUUAUUCAAUUGUUCAAUAGAUAGCGCUGUCUAUCCGCUCAAUUUACUCUUUAGGUAUUUAUUAUAUUAGUAAUAAAUCACCUAUAUUUAAACCAAUAAAACUGUGGUUUUAUAGUAAAGAAAAAACCUAGGUCUAUUGCCCAUGCAGAUUGUAAAAGUCGGUCAAAGGAAAGGUUAAUAAAUAUGAGGUUCUUUUAGGCGAUGGACUUUCUACCUGUCACUAUUUGAUUUUCUCUUUUCUCUGUCAUCCUCGUAAAGUGAUGUGAUUGUAUGUAUGUAAAUAUUAAUGAAAUAGAAAUAAUUUAAUAGAAAGAUUAUUUUUACAGUUUAUAUUAAAAAUACAAAGACACUUUAAAUUUUCUCUUAAAUAAUUAUACUUAUAAGUUUAUAGAAAGGGUACUUAUAAAUUAAUUAAAAUAUAACACAAUCAACUACAUUCUCAUUACUUUAUCAGUCAUUGAUCGAUAUAAAAGUGAAUUCCCUAGAUAAUGUGUCAGUCAGUUGAUCGAUUGACA